UGAGUUGUAUUUGUUGAUACUUCCUAUGUCUAAAAAGGUUAGAAAAUCGUUUUCGACAACACCAAUUUCCUUUUACAGAUCCUCGCCGUACAUUUCUCCUCUGCAAAUCGGCACGAUUUUUUUUUGGUAAAAAAUAAUCAUUUUAUUAAUAAAAUUCCUAAUUUGCUUGUCCCAACGGCUGUUAAUUAGUUUAUUCAUCAUUUUGGUGAUUUAUUAAGAAUCAGACCAUCAAUUGCGUUGCCCAUUUCUCCCUCAUGUUAAUGAACGUCGCAAAAAGCAGAAGUUCAAGUCAUUAUGGAUUUAAGGCUUGAAAAAGUAGGGUUUUGCCUGCAUUCAAUUGUGCUCUGUUUUGUAAAAUAAUAAUAAUUAAACUGGAGGCUUUAUUUUGUUGGGGUUGAGUCGCAACGGGAUCAAUUCGGCCAACUGUGUCUUUCAUUUUGCUGAAUGACACUCCCUGGAAUAGCAUAGCUGAUUGGUACUUCGAAGCGCUCUUCAGAAUUUCCUCUACCCGUAGGUUUUGCUAUCGAUUUUAUUCGCCAUAAAUUGUGAAUCGGUGGACAGUUUUAGUUUUGUUAAGUCAAGCUCAAUUGCCUGAGGGACAUAAAUGGGUUGCUGUUGGUUGUUUGAGUUUUCAUUUUCUAGGAAACCUAAGAAGGGAAUGGGAUCCAGCAGUGGGUCGGGUUGUCAUACUUCACAGGCGUCGUUGUUGUCUAAUGAGGGGGAAGAUGAUGAUUGUGGUUCUUACAAUGGUUACAUGACAGAUAUUGGGAGUGCAGAUGACUGUGAGUUCCAAAGCCCAACAAAACGAUCUGAGGAAAUCCUCGUGUACAGGAUGCAGUGUGGGUUGAUUUGCAGGGAAUUUCCUGUUAAAGAAACCCACGAACUCAUUCGCUCAGAGGACGAAAAUGGGAACAAGAUGGUUAAUGAAUAUGUUCGUGAAUACAAAAUUGGUGCUGGUAGCUACGGAAAAGUGGUUCUCUACCGUAGUCAAUUAGAUGGGAAACAUUACGCGAUAAAGAGCUUUCAUAAGUCUCAUUUACUAAAGAAGCGGGUUGCGGCUUCAGAAACUGCCAUGAGUGAUGUUCUACGUGAGGUUCUAAUUAUGAAAAUGUUAAGCCAUCCGAAUAUAGUUAAUCUCGUUGAGGUGAUUGAUGACCCAGCAACAGAUCACUUCUACAUGGUUCUUGAAUAUGUGAAAGGCAAAUGGGUCUACGAAGGUGCUGGUCCUCCAGGUGGUAUUGGAGAACAUACAGCACGAAAGUACUUGCGGGAUAUAGUAUCUGGGUUGAUGUAUCUUCAUGCUCAUAAUAUAGUUCAUGGAGAUAUUAAACCUGAUAAUCUUUUAGUUACUGGUUCUGGCACAGUUAAGAUUGGGGAUUUCGGCGUCAGCCAGAUUUUUGAGGAUGAUAAUGAUGAACUACGUCGUUCUCCAGGGACUCCUGUAUUUACAGCACCUGAGUGCUGCUUAGGUCCAACUUAUCACGGCAAAGCUGCUGACAUCUGGGCCGUUGGAGUUACUUUCUAUUAUAUGGUUCUGGGAAAAUACCCUUUUCUAGGAGACACACUGCAUGAUACAUAUGACAAGAUAGUAAAUGAUCCAAUGUAUCUUCCUGAUGAGAUGAACCCUCUUUUGAAGAACCUGCUUGAGGGGCUUCUCCAUAAAGAUGGAGUUCUAUUCUGUCCCUUUUGCCUUAACAAUGAUUCCGUUGCAGAUCCAAGACAGAGAAUGACCCUUGAGAACGUUGCAGACCAUGCAUGGGUCAUUGGAGAAGAAGGCCCCAUACAUCAGUUUGUCUGUUGGUGCAAGUAUAACUGCCUGCGUAGGGAACAGUCUCCUGUUAGUCCAACAGAUGUGCCUACUUUCCAAUACUAACGGAAAUGUGUUGCUGCUAGUAUGGGUUCAUUUAUGUAUAGCAAUGGGUAGGAUAUCUACCUAAUUGUAGCGAGACAAACAAGUACAGAUAGCAAAGGUUAGAUCAAAAAGAAAUUAUAGUGCAAGAAAUGACGAAACCCAGUUGGAUUAACUGAACUUUUAGUCAUAUCAGAAGGUAAUUAUAGUGCAAGAAAUGAGAAACCUGGUCGGGUUAGCUGAACUUCUAGUUAUAUUACAGACAUUUAGGUAGAGAGAGAGAGGUCUCGACGGAAAUCGUAGAGAUGCUUUUCGAGUAAUCUUUUCAUAAGAUUAUAUGUUUUGUAGGGAUUUUUCUCCUUUAUGUUAGUGUUAAUAUGUGAUGUUUUCUUCUAUAUAAACUUGAACUUAAAUC